UUAAUUGCGUAAAUCUUUAAAAUAGGCAAAAAUAUCUAUUUUUUUCUUUUUUUAGAGUAUAAGGGCAAUUAAAACACUUUGACUUCUUCGAUUUAAUUCAAGAUUAUGAUCUAUUCUUUGUUAAAGCUGAAAUAUGUUCCUUUUUCAGUGUUAAAAUACUUUCUCCUAUCCAGCAUAAUAUGCACAGACAACUACAAGUAAGCCAUUCAUAGAUUAAUUUUCUUGAAAGCUGUUAACACUGUGUCAUUGUGGCACUAUUAUAAUUCCUAUGUUUGUUUUGAGUGUCCUGCUUCAACCUUAAGGCCAAAGUAUACUUCGGGUGUCUGCGUUGCGGAUCCCUCUGCGCACAGUAUGUGUGACUCAAACUGCGUCAUCAGCACAGCCACCUAGAUUUUCUUGACUCGUGCACACGGUCUUCGUCUGUGCGCAUCGUCUGUGCUGGCCAUCGACUUCUAAAAGAGUGUCACAAAGCAGUCGUAGAGCACAUGCAUCCAACAUGUUGCUUUUCGUUCGCAGUAAGAAAAGUAUACUCAGAAAGGCAACACAGUAUACCUUUAGAUAGAUAGCCUUUAGACUAUCUGACUGUUUCAACAACAGCAGAUGUGGGGCGUAUUCAGAAAGCUGUUUUGAAUUUUACAGUUCCGUUUGGUGGCGCUAGUGUUGCAAAAAGUACAUACUUCAGCUUGUUAGUGUAAAAAUGGUUAUGGUACUACUAGUACUUGUAGUACAUAUACAUGUUUCUUAUGCCAAAAGAUGAUGAGGAGAAUUGUAGAAGUCUGUGAGGUAUAAAGGAAACAUCUGCCUCUGGUGUCCUAGACUUAGUGCUUGCACGACUUGCAGCUGUUUGAAUAUGUAACUAAUGGGUAGGGCUGGGCGAUUAAUCAAGUUUUAUUUUCAGUUACGAUUUUGGCUUCCAACGAUUAUGAAAACAAGAUAUUCGAGAUAAAACUAUUAUUGUGCUGCAUUCCGUUUCGCAGUUAAAUACCCGGCGUUAUAUCUUUAAAGCAUCCUUUAUUAAAGUUCAAAUAAUAAGGAAGCGGGUUAUGAAAAUAAACUUUGAAACUGGUAUUUCUCUGUGUGGUCAGUGCCGCGUCUAUGAGUUGCGUGAAGUGACCGGGGAAGAGAUUGAAUCUUCUCAUGGCUGAUGCACACUGGUGGGGGGACUCUUGUCACUCACACGCGUUUGCUGCAGCUAGAUUAUAACAUGAUGGCUUGCAGCAUAGUGAAUUAUACUGUAUGUGUCACGUUCACUGUGUGUAUCUUAUCAUGUAGAAAAUCGGUGAUGCGCAGCUCUAUUAAGAUGAGAAAGUCUGUUUUUUGUGAGUUAAAGAUGGAUUGAAGUGAAUAUAAAGGUGAGAGAAUGUAGUCUUAGCCCAUUAUACACUAGAACAAAAUACGGUUUUGAUUAGUCUGUUUUGGCUUGUUUUCCAAAAUCAUAUCUAAAACUCCUUUAAAACAACGUACAUUUACUUUAGAGCUAUACUGCAGAAGAAAAAAUUGUUAUCGGAGAAUGCUGAAUUAAAUAUUUAAUCAGGGCUCGACAUUAAGGGUUGUCCGGGACAAGCAGACUGAUUAAAACGUCAAUAACAAAAAAUAACCAGCUAUAUUUGUGAUAGCCUAGAAAGUUCAUAUUCUUAUUCUGCUGUUGAAAAUAAUCCAGAGCAUGUAAUUUUUUUAAUCCGCUAUUGAUCUAGUAACAGAUGCGCCCUGUUUGAUUGACAGGCAGUGAAUGUGUUUGUGCUGAACAUAGGCGUGUGUGUGAAAAUGCUCACACUAGUGCGCACCUGAACGGUCAAAUACAUUUCAAAAUUCUGCCAGAAUGCCUGUCUUUGUGAGGUAUUCAUGUAAACACAGAGAGUGAUGUCUAAAGUGAAUGUAAACAGAGAAGAAAAAGGUGGAUUUGUAUUAAAAUGUCAGACUUGUAAGUAUAAAUGUAAGCUAAUAGACCUGCUGCUGUCUAGCGUGUCAUUAUAAUAAUCAAACAACCAUAACAAGAAAAUGAGAAAACACUCGCUACUCUUGACUGGGUAACUUUAGUAGCUUUAAAACUAUGAAUGUAUUAUAAUCAUACAGUGAAGACCAGUAGUAAUUCUAUACUGAAACAUUCUGAAUGUGUCCUUGAAUACUCUAAACUGCUGUUAAAAAAGCACAGAAUUUUCUUAUUUUUUUAUUUUGUUCUAUUAUUUGUAAUCUAUUUCUAUUCAUUGCUGUUUUUUAUUGUUAUUUUAUUACUGACUGUUUACUAGUCUUGAAUAAUUACUUAAGAACUUGAAACCAUUCUUCCAUAACUAACAUUAUUUAGUGUUAUUAUUUGUUGUGGUUUUGAAGCUGGUAUUGAGAAUCGUCAAAUUUCACUACCGACUACUGAAAUUUUGGUAUUGUGAUAAUGUAUAGCCUUUAUUGUUCAUGGUAGAUCUUGCUGCAAUAACAUAAUGAAAAAGUAGAUUUCAUUCCAUAGAACUAUGAGCAUCCCUACUGUAAGCGAUGGCGAUGGAGGCUUUCCUUUAUUUGACUACCAUACGUAACAAAAUAAUUAUCAUAUGACAAUAGCCUCCUCCCCUACCCAGUGCAGUUUACAUUUCAAGUUUAAGGAAAUCCACUGUUAAAAAGACAAGUAAAAAAAAAAAAGUUGAAUAAAUGCAUGGUGUUUCCAAAGCCACAUGUUGAUGGUGGGCGACCAUGGAGGGAUCCUAUAGAAUGAGUGUGAGAGAGCUGUGUGAGACAGAUGAUCUGGCCACGAGUCUGGUGCUGGAUCCCUUACUGGGGUUCAGCACCCACAAGAUGAACAUAAGUGCACCCCCAGAGAUUCGGCGAUGGGGCUACCUCAGAGAGACACUGCUGCGGUUCAAACGCACACAUGACUUCCAGACAACCUUUGAUGCUCUGCUGGAUGGGGAAUGGGUCAGUGACUAUUUCACUGGGCUGGGUUCACACCGACAGGAGUUGUUGAAGCAGCAUAUGUAUCGCUAUAUGACAGCAUUUCUGUUGGACAGUGGGGUGAACAUUGAGCCGUGUAACCGCUAUUCCUCAGAGACUAAUGGAGCCAAAAUUACAUCCACCCGACACUGGUUUGUGGGUGAGCGAGUGGAGGUUCUGCAGGGCUGCAUAGCUGAGCUGAGCCCUGAAGACAGUGCAGUGCUGCGGGCAGGAGUGAAUGACUUCAGUGUCAUGUACUCGACACGCAAGAGAUGUGCUCAACUUUGGCUGGGGCCUGCUGCCUUUAUCAAUCAUGACUGCAGACCCAAUUGUAAGUUCGUCCCUGGAGAUAAGAAUGGAGCUUGUGUUAAAGUGAUGCGACCCAUCUCACCAGGGGAAGAGAUUACCUGUUACUAUGGGGACAGCUUUUUUGGGGAGAGUAAUGAAAUGUGUGAAUGUUGCACCUGUGAGAGGAGAGGAGAGGGAUCGUUUGAGAAGAGAGACAAGUUGCCAGACUUGGUUUGCUCCAGUGUUCCAGGUUCGGGACAGAAAUAUAAGUUCAGAGAGACUGAUCUGAGGCUUAACAGAAAAAGGGGAAAUGGCACUCCAACUCCAAAGCCAUUUCUCACUGUAUCACACUCUGCCUUGCCUAUGUGGAAUACAUUUUCCCAGCGGACAAAGAGGAACACCCUUGUUUUGAGCAGUAAGAUGAGAAAGACUCAUGGGCAGAGGAGGGAGGAGCUUCGCAAACAGGUGGAGAAGAAGAGGCACAAACGUUUAUCAUCUUUGUCUCACCAUGGACUUAGGGAGCUAAGUGUUUGCCUCUAUCAGCACAGUGUAAAUUUCCUGCUAAGCUGUAGGAACCCCACAAGCAAAGAAAGGACCCUGUUGUACCUAAUUGAGAAGGAGAGAACAAAACCUGAGAGGAUCAAAAGAAACAAUGAAUCUGUCCCUCCAUCACCCAGUAAUGCAAACAAAAAUGGACCAGAGGAUAGAAAGGAUACAGAUGGAGACAUGUUAAAUCGAGACUCUGUCAUUAGGUUUAAACCAUUUACUAUUGGAUGUGUUUCCAGAAUCCCUGAAAGAGACGGCAUGAAAGCCAAGGGACGUUAUGCUGACGCUUCAUCUGUCAGAAUUGUCCACAAGAUGGCCAUUUCCUCAAGGACCAGGAACAUUCUUCGGAGUCGUCUGAGCAGUCUCCGAGCAAGCAAUAGAUCUAAACUCUCCAUAUUCAACAAAAAGCGGACCAGACUGAUCAAGCUAAACCCUAAACUCUCUACAGGCAAAAGAGAAUGCUCUGUCUCACAGGCACAAGUAGGGAGACGGCAAAGAGGAAGUGAGGUUGAAUCCAAAAAUAUCCCCAAUACUGUUUUAACUCCUGGCAAACCAAGUACUGAUAAGCAUAUACAUACCAGAGAGACUGAAACUAAUGGUGACAAAUCAUCACAAACAGAGAGCACAGUGAUCAGAGAGGCGCAGCAGAGAUUCUUUAGGGAUCACCUCAGGGUGGUGGCUGGCGGCGAGAGACACAUCAGCGGUUCCAGUGCUACUAGGGAAGGUGAUGUUAGUUCUUCUGUAGCUUUAGGUGCCUCAGGGGAUAACAAGCAAAACCACAGGCAGUCUGCCGCUUCUAGUACUGUAAGCAUUACUCCGUCCUCAUCUUCACAGUCUUUUCAUAAUCCUGUCUCUCUCCUCUCAGGCUUAAAUCGUGACCUCAGAGUAAGUCUGGUCAGGGUAGCUAUCCCAGGAGAAGCCAAGGCUGAAAGUACAGGUCAGAUGCAGGCAGACAGUGGAGGAGACAAAGUUAUCACACCACCAGCAGCAUCAGUGCUGCAAAGCAUGGAGUUAAAUGGGAGCAAAGAAACCAAUAGACAAGGUAAGAAGGGGGUAAAGGAGAUGUAUUUCACACCAGUAAAUUUGGAGAGUGCAGAUAAGUACUUGAAAGUAGCAUGUGAUAUCCUACCAUGUGCUUCAGAGAUAGACAAAAAAACAGUUAAAACGCAACCUGUUGUGAAAGAACUUGUAGAUGUGUGCGGUAAAGGUAGCCACAGUGAGCAAGAAAUUGAAGGUAAUCAAGAUAGAGAUAAUGACAUUGUAACGGUUGCAUCUGUUGAGGUCACUAUUCCGAAAAAUUCAGAAGAUACUAAAAGACAUACGCUUGAGAAUGCUUUAAUAAAGCAAAAAGGUGCAUCUAAGGAUAAAAAACAACCAAGUGUUAAGAGCACACCUGAAGUGCAAGGUAAGAAAGAGAGCGGUUGUAAGGUAAUUGUUCAAGAAAAAGAUCUAAAUAGGAAAGAAAUAACAGCAUAUUUUAGAAGCAAGACAGUUGUCAUCAAAAAAGCGAGAGUACUGCUUUCAGAUAUUAGGAAGAGUUUGAGUGGCCAGUUUAGUCAACAAAAUAAGGAUGCUAAUGGUCGCCACCCUGUACUUUUGAACUCUCCAUCCAGUUACAAGAGUAAUGUAGCUGUUAAUAUGAAGACACAAUCACCUGCUGCUAAUAAAGAGAGGAAGGACAUGGACAAACAAUAUGCGCUCAAUAAGAAAAAUGGGCACCCUAAUCAGGAAGUCACUCCAGUUAAUCAGUCAAAUAUCAGUACGGUUCAAGUGAGACGGUCUGAAAACCGUUUUCUUUCCUCGGAGCCUCUGUUGAUGAGCAGGGUUUCUCUGGAAAACAGUCCCCAGAGCAAUAUUCCCCUAAAGAAACGUGCAUUUCGAGAAUCGCUUGAUACAGACCCAGAUCAGGAUAACAAUGUUCCUGCAGCAACACAAUGUACAGAUGCCAAUAAUGAAACAGAAGCCAAGCUAUACAGUCUGUCUCCUAAGCCAAGUGACAACAGCAGUGUGGGAAAAAAAGAGCAGAAAUGUCCAAUAUCAGAAUCAAGCUCAACUCUCAGUGACAAAGUUGAUGCUGGAUCAAAAAAGUGUGGAUCAUCCAGAUUGAUCAAAAAUUCAUCAAAACAACGCUGCAGAGGUCGUCCAAGGGCACAGCCUGUAACAGUACAAAGCAAGGCUAGAGGAUAUGGAGAUAGUACAAGUAAUGUAUCUGUAGCUGAGAGACAAUUCACUAAACCUAAGAAAUUAACAUCCAGAAUUGAUGAAAAAGUGGAGUGCAGUAAGACUGAGAUGGAGGGGAGUCAAGCAGAAAGAGAGGAAAAAGUAGAAGGACAGACAACGGAAGGAUCAGGGGGCUGUGAGAUAAUGGAUAAUACAGCAGCUAACAUUACAAAUGAGUCUACCUCAAAUGUUUCUGAUGAGACAGAGGAAGAUCAGAAGCUAAACUUCAGAAUCCGCCUUAAGAGGAAAAGGGGAAAACAGUGGGAAAUGGAGAAUACGGACGAAGAAACAAUUGUGGACAAAUCAAGCCCACAGCAACGCUUGGUUGCAGUUGACCCUUUUAGGGCCAUUUUGGAUUCUGUCUCUAUUUUGAAUGCAGAAAUGGAGAGGAUUCGGUGUCAUGGGGAGGCAGAUAAUGGCAUAGGUUUGGAAAAAGCCACUAAAGCAGUCCAAGAUGUGCUGGAGCAUUGCAGAAUGGAAUGUGCACCUAAGCCAAGGAAAAGACAACGAAAAGUUAGCACACCUAAAAACAGCCAUGAUGUUACAGAAGAGCUAAUACAACAAAACCAACCUGGUCUAAAAGUUGAGGUAGACAUUGAUGACAUUAAACCAUUACCUCCAAUUCGAUUGUGCAGGAGGGCUGAAGGCAAAUGGGAGGUGCAGUGGAAAGAAGCUCAGAAACAUGAUGGGAACAAGCAAACAAAGGAUUCUGCACACAUGGAGCCAAAUAAAUUAAUAUAUGUCCCUUCUAAAAUGGCAAUAUUGGAACAAAUGCCUCACAGAAAAAUUAAAGAAGAAAAUCUGUCCCCUUGCCAGGAAGAAGUGGCAGUGCAUAUUUGUAACAAGGGCACAGAGACCUUCAAAGAUCCACUGAGUUUUGAGACUGCACCUCAACCAUUAUCCCUUUCACCUUUGUCGCUUUAUUCUCCUUGCUAUGAGGGGCUGACAGGAGUUCGUUAUGUCGGUGGCAGUGUUCAAGCAAAAGAGGAUUUUGGAGAGAAAAUGGCCUCACAGAAUAUUGAUAGGAAUGAGAGUCUUAAGACAGGAGUUAGUAAAACUGAGAGUAAAGGAACAACUGAUGCUUCCUUGAGUCACAAUUUAUUUCAGAUUAAUAAAAGUCUUUCAAGAUUGCAGGCUCUGAGUCAGCCACAGGUAUCUGAAAAAAGUGUGCCCACUAACACCAGUGUAACAUCCUCUCAGAUUCAGUCUCCCCCCAUCUCUCCCUUCACCACUGAGUGCAGCUUUAGUAAUUAUCCAGAGGAUGUCCUUGACUUUCCAUGUUUGAAUCUUGAAAGCUAUGAUCAAAUAGCAACGCAAAACAGCUUGGCAAGCUCUUUGAUGGACUACUGUUCUGGUGAACCACAUAACACAGGUUCCUUCAACAGCCCCUUCACUCAAAGUCCUACAGAUGCAUGGAAUCCAGAGACACCUUACCUGGGAUCCCCGAGCCCAGUGAGUACCUUUAGUGAUGGUGAAGAUCUAAGCUUCCCGGAUCUUGUCUUUACACAAUCUGACACAUUCUCAUCUAGCAGUGGUAAUACAGCCAUGAGUUCUGCUCCUCUUCAAGACACUGAAAAAGAUUUAUACUUGUCUGAAGGUGAGUUGUCAAAAAGUCCCACAGUGCUCCAGGUCCAGGAAGAUUCAGCAACACAGUUUCUCCGCAAAGACUUGAUAAUGUAUAAUAAUGAAUCUACAAAUGCUAAACAGUCAGUACACUCAACUGCACAUAUACAUCCUCAGGAUAAAAAGUUCAACGUCCUUGAUUCCAUUAUUAGCACAAAGACUGUGUCAGCUGAGUCAUGCUUAGCUAAAAUCCAGGAGAAAGACAAAACUCAUGGACCUCUCAACUUAAGCUCUUGUAAAACCCAACCCGUCUUUCCGAGCCAGUCAACACAAAGCCUGCCUGGUGCUGGAUCUCAGAGUAACGUGGUUACACCCUUCCAUUCUCUUCACGUAGGUAGUAAGUCCACCUCACUUGCUGACUUCCAAGGGAUGUUAAGCUCUGGUAAUACACUUUUUCGCAGCUAUGACCGGAAGCUUCCAUUUUUCCAGAACCAAAAGAAUGUUAUGAAAACUGAGGGAGGCCAGAAUGCAUGUAGAGUUUCUGUGGCUGCCAGCAACCAAAAAUCUAGCAACAGCCUGGAAAGCACCUUCACUGGUCCAGGGGCAUCCAGUUCUGAUAUUGGAAAAGAUUCUGCAGCUAAAUGUCCUAAUGCAGGGUUUUCAAGAUUGACUGAAAAUCUACAGAGAAGCACCAAGAACACCUCAUCAAAACAGUGCCCUGCUAAUCCUUGCCAGCAAAGUGAUCGCAUUCACCCUGUUUAUUUCCUCAGCUCUAGCAAAACCACAUCGAAUGCUUUCAGGAACAUUCUAGGUACAAAGCCCCAAAUCUCACAGAAUGAUAAAAAUCCUUCCUUGCCCUCCACAUUUUUAUUUUCCUCUACUCAAAAUCCUCAGUGUUACAGUACACCACAGAGCAAAAGCUCUAAAUUGGAGAAACCCCAUGCUGUUGUGGCUCCCACUCAAAAUGCUCAAAUUUCUGCAGUGUCUACUACUCUUCCUAAAACUCAGAUGUAUACAAAUGUUUCUCACUGUGAUUCUUCUGACUUCAACUUCAGCUCCUCCCUUUCACCUGCUGUAUCAAAGCACAGCAGUCCUCAACUGGGAUACAGGGAAUCCUCAACCCAUGAGAUCCCAGGGACUAAAACUCAGUCAAACACAUUUACACACAGUCAGCUUCCUCACCAGUCUUAUGUUGUAAACUUUACAGGAGAUCAUUCUGUUACUUUGGGGUACAGUGAUGAUGGUGAAUGCUUGAAUUACACUGGUUCAAGGCCUGCAAAUUACACGUACCAUUGUCUCAUGGAGCCUUCUGGAACUCAAGGAAGGCUGGUUGUAGAGGCAUGUGGUCCCUCAAACUUCUCACCUUCUCCAUCUUUGGGUAGGUUUGCAGGAUCUAAAGUCCAUGGGGGCCAAACUGGUAAAGACCCACAGCAGCAGGGGCAGCCUGGAACUCACCCAUACAAUUCUCUACACUUUUCCACCUCCCACUCGCAAAGCACCCCCACAACGGAUCGCAAGCCUAAGAGACUGAGGCUUGUGGUGACUGACGGUACAGUCGAUCUGGACCUACAAUAUACUGAUUAAAAAUGAUUGUUUGUUGUUGCAAUGCUGACAUAUAUUUUAGAGAUAAUAUUUAUUUACAUUCAAUGUGUUAAGGUGUUAUCUUUGUUUUCAUUAAAAUUGUACAGAUUUAUGUACAAUCUCCUGUUCUUAGCAUCAAAAUAAGAAAAACAGUUUUUCUUGAAAUAUUUAGUCACAAUUUUAUCAGCACACCUGCUUAAUAGUUUGUAUACUAUAUUUAAUGAAGUCUGCUUAGUAUGUUAUUAUAGAUGGUAAUCUUUCCAUGCCAGUGGGUUUUUUUAAAGGGGUAAUUCAUCCACAUUUACUCACCCUCUGUGGGUGUCAUCAUUUACUGUUGUUUCCUCUGUGGAAAAGAAAAGGAGAUGUUAGGGAGAAUUUUUUUUUAUAGCAUCAGUCACAAUUCACUUUCCCUAUCACGGUCAUCUUUAUUUUCUAUACAAUGAAAGUGAAUAGUGAAUGAAGUUAACAUUCUGCCUAACAUCUCACUUUGUGUUCCACGGAAGAAAGUAAGUCUUACGACUUUGGAACAGCAUAAGGGGUGAGUGAAUGAUGACAAAAAUUUCAUUCAUGGGUGAAUUAAGUGUUGAAGACAAAAAAUUAUAUUCUGUUUAACCUGUAGUACAUAAGACUUGCCACAUGAUGGGGAUGUGGCUCUCCAUGAUGGGGAAAUUAUUUCAUUCCCUCCUAGCAUUUUUUCAUUUCAAAGUUAUCUAAGUAGCUGUUAUUUAAAAGAUGUGACCCAUCAACAUAUGUGAGAGGAAUUUGCACAUAUGGCAACUUGCAUGUUUCAUUGGGGUUGCACAUGAAUGACUAAGGCAGGAUUCAUGUGUUUUUCACAAUCCCCCCCCCCCGCAGUCAAACUCACAAACAUUUGUGCAGCUUAUGAAAAACAUACUUUAGCGUAGCUCUCAGGUGUCCUGCAUUUGCCUAUGGGGAUUCCUGUAUCUCGCAUAAGAGAACUUUAGGGGCUGCUACAUUAAAUACACACAUGCUCUUGUAACAAUCACAAGCAUUUCUGAAUCCUAACCAGCUAUUGUCAGGGUUAUUUAUUUGAAUAACAUCCCAUCUUUAACACUCAAGUCUCCCACACUUUGCAAGCACAUUGUUAGAGCACAUUGUGUUUUAAUCUUUGAUGCAUUUUUAACACCAAACCCUAGGUGUCUAUUUCAGUUUCACGGUUUCUUGUACCAUAUUAUGUAUUACUAUGGUACAUUGGGACACAAAUGCAUAUUUGUUUAGUUGCCACGUGUAUAUCUCUAUAGAGAAAUAUUUAGUGCCCUUUGGAACUGUUCAUUGAUCAGACUCCCUGUUUAACACUUGAUAGAAUAUUGUUACAUGUACUGUAGCUCUGUAGGUCUCCAUGACCCAAAGCCAGAAAUCAUUGGCCAACAUUAUGUUGUGUUAUCUUACCUUUUUCUCAGUCCAUGUCAGAGAUUCAAGGCGUUUGUUGGUUUUUCCUCAAUUUUGUGGACAUGAGAAAGUUGUUGACAUGAGAAAGUUUUGGGCACGAACAUGUUUGUUGUAGUUGUGUUCAGCCUUGCCUCAGUCUAUAAAAGCCAGUGUAUUCAUUAUAUUUAUUUCAAUAUGUUCUUAACAUGGUGCUUCAAUAUAACUUAAUUUUUUUAUUAUUGUACUGGACAUAAUGUAUUUUACUCCAUUUUUAAAAGCUAGAACAGAAAUAUCUGUUUUUGUUCUGGUAAUUCUUGUAUGGCCAUCUUGUUUGUUACUUAGAAAAAUUGUAAGAGAUGAAAUUUUAAAUUGUUAUUGUUCCACUGUAAAAUUGUAAAAAUUAGAAUAACGCAAGUAAAAUGAAAUGAUUUUAAAAGGA